AUGCUUCAGAUAUUUUAUGAGUCUCAGGACUUCUUCCUGCUAAAGGAACUUGAGAAGAUGGGGCCUAAGAGGGGUGUAAUUAGUCAGUCGGUGAAAGAUGUUAUCCAGAGUUUAGUCGAUGAUGAUCUUGUUGCCAAAGACAAGAUCGGAAUUUCUAUCUACUUUUGGAGCCUUCCAAGCUGUGCUGGCAACCAACUUAGGAGUAUUCGCCAGAAACUUGAAUCUGAUCUUCAGGGUAGUAACAAAAGGCUGGCAGAACUUGUGGAUCAGUGCGAUGCGCUAAAGAAAGGGAGGGAAGAAUCAGAGGAACGAACAGAGGCCUUGACGCAACUUAAAGAGAUUGAAAAUAUAUACAAAGAGCUGAAGAAUGAGAUGGUACAGUUUGCUGACAACGAUCCAGCGACCUUAGAGGCAAUGAGGAGUGCAAUUGAAGUUGCUCACCAAUCAGCUAACAGAUGGACAGAUAACAUCUUCACAUUGCGACAAUGGUGUUCAAACAAAUUCCCCCAGGCCAAGGAACAGCUGGAACAUCUAUACACUGAGGCGGGAAUCACCGAGGACUUUGAUUACCUAGAGCUAUCUUCAUUCCCUUUGAGCUCAUCCCAUGGUUCCGAGACUCCAAAGCUGCUAACAGAAGAUGAAGCUUAG